AGCACAGUGUACGCUGAUGAGUCAACCUGGGUAGGAUAAAUACCUCGUUGUGUGUGUUUCGGCUCAUCAUGGGGUAUUUUCUUCCUCCAUCUGAUUGUCCUGUCUUCGACCUGAAUAUACGCCACAGGGAAUUGCAGCUUGUCUAUUCGUGACAUCAUCGUAUAUACCGUACUAUACACCACCAUCGACAUUUGAAUUUGAGAUAUUCCUGAACGACAAAUCUCCACGACUAUAAACGAGAUGACUCCUUCUCCGGUCCUUCGAAGAUUCGGUUCUUCGCUACGAACUAUACAUCAUCCAUCCAGAAAAGUUCUCUCCGUGACGGUCUAUAGACCUGUCAUAUCCGCAUCCGCAUCCGCAUCCGCAUCCGCAUCCCCCACCACCACCACCACCACCACCACAACCACACCCCAAACACGAUGGAGCUCACACGCUCCCAUGGGACCAGCCUCGUCCCAACAGACACGCAAACCAGUCACAAUCUCCACUCUACGAAACAUGUACAAAAAGAAUGAACCCAUUGCCAUGCUCACCGCCCAUGACUUCCCCUCUGCCUUCGUCGCCGAUAGCGCCGGGAUGGAUAUGGUUCUUGUCGGAGAUAGCUUGGCAAUGGUCGCGCUAGGAAUGAAUGAUACGAAUGCUGUGACUCUUGAUGAUAUGGUUUUGCAUUGUCGGAGUGUCACAAGAGCGGUCAGGUCUGCGUUUGUUGUCGGCGAUCUUCCAAUGGGAUCAUACGAAGUAUCCCCACAACAGGCAGUCCAAUCCUCAAUCCGACUGGUCAAGGAAGGCCACGUCCAAGCGGUGAAACUCGAAGGAGGUGUAGACUUUGCAUCCACCAUCAAAGCGGUAACCACAGCCGGAAUCCCCGUUGUCGCACACAUCGGCUUGACACCUCAACGGCAAAAUGCGCUAGGUGGAUUCCGUGCGCAGGGAAAAUCUGUCGCGGGAGCACUUAAACUAUUAGACGAUGCAUAUGCGGUGCAGGAAGCCGGUGCAUUCAUGGUUGUUCUGGAGGCUAUCCCUGCCGAAAUAGCGGCCAUUAUCACGAAAAAACUUCGCAUCCCGACUAUUGGUAUCGGAGCAGGGGAUGGAUGUUCCGGACAAGUUCUUGUACAGAUCGAUAUGACGGGUAAUUUCGAGCCGGGACGUCAUUUACCCAAAUUCGUGAAGAAAUACGCCAAUGUCUGGGAAGAAACAAAAAGGGGGAUUGAACAGUACCGAACUGAAGUCAAAAAUAGGCAAUAUCCUGCAAAGGAGCAUACGUAUGCUAUAGACGAGGAGCAUGUUGCCGAGUUUCAGAGACUUGUUGAUGAACAGAGUCCCAAAAAACGUCAGGAAUGAUCCUCCAUCUUUUGCUCUUUGCGCAAACACUUGAUGACUUAUGAGGGGGAAAUUUGCACAUUCCCAAAAUUGCAUGACACGAUUCAACUGGCACAUAUGCA